UGGGUCACAUUUUCCCUGCAGCUCCUCUGUGCACUCUCUGAGAUGGCGGUUCUGCUCUGCUGACCACGGAGGCAAUCCGGGACCUGCUUCCUCACCUCUUCCAGGUCCUCCUGCAGUGGGUCAGCAACGAACUGGGGGUAGAGCUGCUGCUUCCCCUCUGAGUCCUCCAAGAGGACUCCUCCUCUUCAAGGACACGGGACAAGAGGAGCUGUGUGCGGACUCUACUGUGAUGCUCUGGAACAAGUGCUGAAGAAGAUGCCUGGACGAAGAGGUUGGCAGCGGGUGCUCUGCAGGCAUGGAGUGUGGCCAUCCCUGGACAUGCCUCAGUGGCACUGCAACAGCGUGCAGCUCCUGACCAGUGUGCUGCUCAGUGCCCGGCUCGUCUCGCGUGCGCUAAUACGGACCUUCCUGCCGUGGCUGCACUCCCCCUUGACAAAACCUGCAGGUCACGGCGCUGGCUUUCUUCGCCGAGCUGAUGAAGGACCCGCCAGCUGAGGGGAAGGAUCUCCUGAAGCCCAUGGUACGCUCUUCCUGGAGAAGCUGCAGCAUCCGAGCUGUGCCGUGCAGCAGAUGGCAAGCGAGAGGCCUGGGCAGUGCUGUCAGUGGCUUGCCCAAGAAGGUUCAAAAGCACAAGAGGAGCAUCGUGGCAGCACUGGAGCGUGAAAUGAGGAAUGCGGACCAUCCAGAGGUGGCUGCGGAAAGCAUGCUGGCCCUGGCAGAAAUUCUUGCAAAGCAGACGGCGAAGGGCUUGGGCGGGGCCUUCAGACGCAUCGCCCGCUCCGCCAGGAAGCUCCUUGAUGCCGAGCAAGAGGACCUUCGUUUUGCGGCCUUCAGUCUCUACACGGCCCUGGCUGCUGGCGCCAAGGACAAUCUCACCACGUUCUUCAGCAGAGAAGUGGAGCAGAUAUUGGGCAGCCUCUUCCUGCACCUCCAGGACCCCAGCUGUGCAGUAUCCAGCGUUUGCAGGACAGCCCUCUAUGUCUGCGCUCCUUUCGUCGAGCCAAAGGGGCUGCAGGUAGUCAUCAUGAAUGCCAUUGGGCGCACUGGGGCACAGCUGCAGAGCGAGGUCUGCUCUUACCUGGAGACACAUGCUCCCGAGCUGCUGAAGACACUGAAGCGCCAGCAGCAGCCACCACUGGAGGAGCGGUUCGGAGACGCCACUCUCCACGUCCUUGAAGCCAGCCCGGAGCACAAAGAAGGCAGCCCAGAGCAUGCUGAAGACAGCCCAGAGCAUGCAGAAGAUCUCUCGGGGCACACAGAAGACUUCCCCGAGCUUGUAAAGGCCUGAGCACCCACAGAAUAAAAAUCCAGAGAGCACAGCGGCUGUGGACUGGGUCCUUCCCACGGUGGCAUUGGUGGGAGCUGGGGCCGGGCAGCGCUGCCUGCAAACCUCUCAGCACUGGUGGGAUGGGGAGGGGGAGGGUCAGGGCCAAAGCGCCAGUGCUCCGAUCCCCCCAUCCAUGUCCAAAUGUAGUCCCAAAGCUGGGAAAAAACAAGAAAACCUUGAAGAAAAUGGGGAGGCCUGCAGCUUGUGUAGUCUUUUAGCUGAAGGAAAGAGGCAGGUAGCCUUGAGCUAGCAGAAGCAAGGAAGAUAAGGGAUAAAAGGUUAAAAAGAAGGAGAAAACCAGCUCCAGACUGGUUUUCUAACUGUAGUUACCUUUUGCUCAUUAAGGGUCAUUAACAUAUUAAAAAUCACACCCAUCAAAAUGCUGAUGUAUGCUGAUGUGGGAUUUGGUGUCCUCCCCUCCACCACUGUUCCUUUGUAAUGAGCAAACUCAGUAGAGAUAAGUUAAGUGGGCUAUGAUAGCCAAUCGAAAGUAACCAAAGAGAGAGUUUUCACAAGUUUGCUGUGUAUAAAUUAUGGUGAUUCGAGUCAGAGGUGUGCUUGCUUUGAGAAAGAUCGCCAAGCACCCGACCCUGCAGAGUUAUAUAAUUAAUUAUUUAAUUAAACGACCUUCAUGUGGA